AUGUUCAAGGCAUUCAUCAGAAACUUCACCAAGUCUGGCCGCAUGUCUAUUAAUAUCGAAGAUUUCAAUGUGGUAAAGGAGGGCCGUGCAACCAUCUUGGCCCCAAAGCAGGAUAAAGUCUUCUACAACCACAUCCAACAGUUCAACAGAGACUUGUCUGUAAUGGCCAUAAAGGCAUGGCUGGAGCAGUAUAAGACAUCCAAGGAGGGCACCAAGGAGCUCCGGGGAAAGCGGAGAAAGUUGAACAAGGACGAAAGUGGAGAAACCGAGCAAGUUACUGAAGGUUCAAAAGAAGAGUCCAAAGAAGUGUCCAAGAAUGAAGUCAGCGAUGCACCUAAAGAAACCAAAGAUUCUAAAAGUGAACCUUCAAGUGAUUCUACACCUUUCAUUCGAAUCCUCGAGGCUCUUUCAGCCACUGGGCUUCGUGCUAUCAGAUACGGUCAUGAAAUCCCUAACGUUUCCCGAAUUGUUGCCAAUGACUUGCUUGCAGAGGCUGUCAAGUCUAUCAACAGAAGCGCAGAGUAUAACGGUCUCCAAGAAAAGGUUGUGGGCCAUCAGGGAGACGCCAUUAAAUACAUGGGAUCCAUAUCUGAUUCAGAGAAGUUUCAUGCUAUUGAUUUGGAUCCAUAUGGCACUGCAGCACCAUUCAUUGACUCGGCGGUGCAGCUGGUUAAAGACAAUGGACUCUUAUUGGUGACAUGCACAGAUGCUGGAGUAUUAGCCGGAAAUGGCUACCCUGAGAAGUGUUUUGCUCUUUACGGUGGCAACAAUUUCGGUAACACCGACAUGGGCCUGGAGGCCAACCACGAGGCUGGAAUCCGGUUGAUCUUGGGUACCAUCGCCUCAGCAGCAGCACGUUACAAAAAAUGUAUUGAGCCAGUAUUGAGUUUGAGCAUUGACUAUUACUUUAGAGUAUUUGUUCGCAUCACCACCAGCCCCAUUGAGGUGAAGAAAUUGGCCUCCAACACUAUGCUCGCAUACCACUGUGUGGGAUGUGGCCACACUGUGGACCAACGCCUUGGAAGAAUCACCGACAAGAAGUUCCAGACUCCACGGAUAGCACAGAUUCCGGGCGAGAAUUGUACUUAUUGUGAGCGACCAUACCAUCUUGCGGGCCCAAUGUGGGGAGGACAGUUGCAUGACCAAGAGUUCAUCGACUCUGUGUUGGCUAUCAACAGCAAGGCUUCGUCGGAGGUUUAUGGAACCAGGGAACGAAUUAAGGGUAUGCUUACGUUGGCAAAAAACGAAUUGGAGACACCAUUCUACUUCAACUUGAAUCAGUUGCUGAGUUUCAUGAAGGCUCCACCCAUGGCCAUUGAUGAUUUUGCUAAAGCCAUUGGAAAUUUGGGCUACAAGGUGUCGUUGACGCAUGCCAAAAAAAACUGCGUCAAAACCAAUGCCCCAUGGGAGUCUGUGUUGCAAGUUGCAACCGCAUGGUUGAAGAAGAGCAAUGAGAAAUUGGUAGCUGAGUACCAGAGAAAGAUUGAGAAGGAGAAUGACGAGGCUAAAAAGGAGAAGUUGAGACAGAAGAUCGAGACGUUAUCAAAGGAUUUGAGCAACAAUCCCAAUUUGACGAGUGGGAUGGUUGGGUACAAGAUCUUGGAGACGGUUGCAAAGGCCGACGUUGAUUUCGAGACGGUAAAUGCCGAGAGCGAUAAGAUCACGAAGUUGAGGAAGUUGAAGAUGGUAAGGUAUCAAGAGAAUCCUACAAAGAACUGGGGACCCAAGUCACGUCCUAGCAAUAAGUAG